UGAGCGUUGACGCUCUGGGAAAGUUGGGAGGAGUUAAAAGGAGAAGGAGAGCAGUUCCUCUUCACACUGAGCGCUGUUGCCUGCACACAGGCGAGCAGGACGGAGCGCUAACAGGUUUCGCCGGGACUAGUUUUGGCCUUAAAUCUGAACAGGGAAGGGUGGAGACCAGGAAUGUGACGCGGCGCCAUACCACAGUCGGUGGACUGGGGGAGAAACGAGUCUUCCCGGCCUGAACAUCAAGUUAUUUUAGCGGCGACUACACACAAGCGCCUUAUUAAGGAAUCAAAGAUUGUGCCCCCUGCUCCAUCAUGGCCCAUCGCUCCCAGUGUUCUUCAGUGGGAGACAACCCUCUGGAUCCUAAUUAUCUGCCACCACAUUAUCGGGAAGAGUACAGACUGGCGAUAGAUGCGCUGGUGGAAAAGGAUCUUGAUGGAUACUAUAACUUUCUGCAAAAUGCUAAUGUUGUUGAUUUCCUGUCAAGGACGGAGAUUGACCACAUUAAAAAUAAUGUACAGGUGCCACAAAGUGUUGCAUCUGUACCAGAACUGACAUACUAUGAAAUGGAUCAGGAUGGCUCAUCAGACACAUACUGGCCACUGCACUCUGACUUAGAUGCACCAGGAUUGGAGCUUGGUUGGCCGCUGCAACAGCACAGUUUUGUUGGUCCCACUGAAGUUACAACACUUGUAAACCCUGCAGACCCUGAAAUGCCCAGCAUUAAGGAACAGGCCAGGCGGCUCAUUAAAUCUGCACAGCAGGUCGUUGCAGUGGUAAUGGAUAUGUUCACUGAUGUUGAUAUAUUUUCUGAUCUGCUUGAUGCUGCUCAACGACAUGUGCCUGUUUAUAUUCUACUGGAUGAACACAAUUCCCAUCACUUUGUUUCCAUGGUGUCAAGCUGCAAAGUUAACCUGGAUAUGGUUCAUAUGAUGCGGGUGAGGACUGUUGCUGGCAUUACGUAUUUCUGUCGCACAGGAAAGUCAUUUAAGGGACAGGUGAUGGACCGCUUCCUUCUAGUUGACUGUAGAGCAGUGCUCAGUGGGAAUUAUAGUUUUAUGUGGUCGUUUGAGAAGAUACACCGCUGCAUAGCUCAUAUGUUUUUGGGGGAACUUGUGGCCACAUUUGAUGAGGAAUUUCGCAUUCUCUUUGCUCAAUCCCAGCCCCUUGUUGUUGAAAAUUCCCUGGUGCCAAUGCCACCUGACAGUUCUAGUAGUUUCUUAAGCAACCAGUUUGGAAUAAAAAGGUCACAAUCUCUGAGGAGUACUCGAGGAUUGUUUCGGAAUUCUGAGCUUUUGGGAUAUCCAUUUGGAGGAGAAAGGCUUGAUACAGGUCUGUCAUUCAGAAGAGAUGACCCUUUCCGCCAGUCCCUUGAGACAGGAGGUUUGCAUGUUGGCAAAUUCACUUCACAUCAGAUGAGAAUGCAGCAGUCUUUCUUGGAGCAAGGCAGGCCAAUGAUUGCUUCACGUCAGUUAGAAAUGAACACAUAUAAAAGACAUAGCUAUGCUGAAGGCACCCGUGAGAGCUACUCCUCUUCUCGACAGUACAUGAAGCAACGUGUUAUGAACAACUUGGAUGAGAUGGAAGCACACUAUCAGAGAGAACAACAGUUCUAUCACAGUGAUAAUCCAGUAUCAGAAAGUGGACGCUAUGACAGAAGUUCUGGUUUUUACCAGCUGGAUCAAUACCCUGACCCUAUGUAUCAACUUGAACUAGAAGCACCAGAAACUCACAAUGUCUUAUCCUCUGAAGAUCUUGGCCAUGAUCCAGACAGCAGGCUUCAUCAUGGUGCGGCUCAUUUUGGUCAACCAAACCAAAAACGGCCAACACUCAGUCAUGCAUACGCCUGUCAGAGCUCACCCACUCAACUUCAUCCUCCAGACAAUAAACAAAUGUUCCCUAGUGGAGAGCAGGCAAGACAGCCCCAAGACCCAAGUGUUAAGCAGGGAUUGCGUAGCUGGAGGAUCAACUCCUACCUUAGUACUUAUGAAAAUGCUGGGGAAGAGGGCUUGCAACAACCUUUGGGCCCAGACGCUUUUGAUGAGCCACAAGCACAACCUGAAAGCAGACAGUACAACCCAGAGGGUCCAGGGCUUCGCAUUAACACACAAGAACCACCUGCCAUACCUACUAAACCUAAAUUUGAUUUACGACCUCGCUUUGGUAAACCUAUUUUACCAGACAAGAAGCAAAUAAAAGAUGUAAUCAGUGAUCAGGCUUCUUCAGGAACGGAUUCUCAAAAGAGCUCAGACAUUACACAUAUAACACUCACAUCAGCAGAAACAGAUAGUGAAAAGGAGAAGGAUUUGAAGGAUGCAAGAAAUUCAAAGGAUAUCAGCAUCACCAAACACGAAUCAUUCCGGAGCCGCAUCAACCCAGUGCUGCAGAGGAGCUCACGGUUACGCUCCUCUCUCAUCUUCAGCUCCUCUAAGUUAGAGCAACACAGUUCUGCAGUUCCUGGGGAGAAGCUACAAGAAGAUGAAGAGAACAACUCAAUUAGAACCUCUUCAAUUGUAGCAGAGAUUUUAGAAAAGAGGAGGUCAUUUUCUAGGGAGCCUUUCGACUGGAAUAAGCAUAAAAAGAUAGAUGAAAAAGAUGGUAAAGAGUUAAUACAAGAAGAGGUAUCUUCUAAAACAGAGGAGGAUCCUGCUAAAGAAAUGAAAGAGGAAUCUAAGAAUACUGUACUUAAAGAAAAAGACACUAAAAAACAAACAGAGCCUUCAUUUGCAAAAGAGCAAAAGCCCUUCGUGGACAUGAAUGAUCCGGCAAGCCGUCUGCAGUACUUUAAAGAACUGUCCAUAAAGAGAAAGAACUCAAAAAUAGAGGAAGCUUUAAAUAAAAGUCAAGAGCCACUUUCAAAAAAGGCAGAUAUAUCUGAUAACCAACCAAGUACAGCAGCAGCCACUGUUCCCUCUGUUUCAGUUACUCCUGCAGAUACCCUCUCUACAACAUCAACAACAACAACAACAGCAACAACAAAGGUACAAAUAGAUUCUGCUGCAAAACCAACUGUGGACAAGGAUAGUUCUGUGAGGAUGGAGGAGUCUACAGAUGCAGCAAAGAAAGAGGCUAAGGAACAAAAGACACCAAAACCCUUUCCUUCACCUAAGUUUUCACUAAAACCUUUCAAAAGUUCUCACACACGUCACACGUCUUGCGGUGAAGAUAUUCUCACAGAUGCAACAGAUGCUGAAAAAAGUGAACUUAAAAAGUCUCGAAGCCUCAGCUCAUCAGGCAUGCCACAAACAGAGUCCAAGGAAAGUUCUAGCUUAAGUCGACAGGGCUCCAACUUGUCCCUCAAUGUUGUAGGCUCAGAAGGCAAAGACACAAAGGCUCUUGAUUUUCUGAAGAAGCAAACACAGAGACUAAAAGGAUUUCUUGGGCCCAAAGGAGAGAAAAAGAAUGCAGGAGGGUCAGGUACUGCAGAGGAAAAGCAAAUGAAAACUGUCCCUGAAGUAUCAGAAGACUCCUCCCUAAAAGCGAAAGAAACUCCAGAUUCAACAUCAGCAAGUGACAAUUCCAAAUCAAGCAAUAAGCCAAGUCCCUCUCGGUAUCAGUCCUCUACCUCUACUGUACUAUACAGCAGCAACCUCAGGGAUGACACUAAGGUAAUCCUUGAGCAAAUCUCUGCAAAUAGCCAGAAGAACAGACAGGAGCUGGCUAAGCAAGCUGACGAGACUGGAAAUGCGGAAGGAGAUAAAGGAGGUCACGUUUCAAACCUUGACCGUGAACCAUUCCAGCGAUUCCAAAAUAAAAACCGGUUCAACCGAACUCAAGCCAACCCUCAGGAGCGGGACAGCCUACUGAAGAGGAUAGAGAGUAUGAGAAAAGAGAAGAAGGUCUACAGUCGUUUUGAGAUGGGGAAUAACCUUGGAUAAGAAAACAUGGCAGAGCGGGCAUAAAGUCUACGAAAAGGUCUGGGACCUCAAAAAAGUGCCAGCAACUGACGUGAUAAACUCUGAAAAAGAGCAUAGGAAAAACACAACCUCAAAUCUGAGGAGUCUGACUAAAGUGAAAGGAAUAUUCCUCAGACUGUGCCAAUCUGGGCCUGCGGUUAUCUCACUUUGCCCUUAAAAGGUUUCUGCGCACACUGCCUUAUAACAAAAACAAUAGACAUUGUACCUGCUGUAUAUGUAAACACAACUGGCCAAAAAAAGUGUUUGAAUUUUAAGAAGUUUUAUGAUUUGUACACGUGUCAGUUUGUGCAGAGUUCAGUGUUUGUGACUUUUCAGUACUACGCCACUCUCAGGUGUGUAAAGUGGACUGACAUGCCUAGACGAAAGUAUGUCAUUAAGUGGGGAAAAAAAAACCUCACAAAAAGUACACUCUACUUCAAGAAACAUCAUGCUGCAACCACACCUGUGGUUUAGCUGUGCCAAUGAAAUACAUGUAUUAAAGACUCCAAACAGGGUUGGUUGAGGGGGAGAAAAACUCAGCUUCAAAAGACAAACAAAGCAACAUGAAAAUGUAGAAUGGGAAGGUAUGAGAGUGAGAAAGUGAGUGGAAAAUCCUAACAGGAGCAAGAGAGAAAAAGAAUGUAAGGAAAAGAAAGUUUUGAGGUUUGUUAAGACAGUCAAGGUAACUAUUAUGCUGGAAGACAUGCUAGAAAUAACUGAGGGCAGACGUUCUGAUCAUAAAAACAAUAACAAAACAAAUCUGAGGAUAUUCACUGAGGAUUAUUUAGGACCUACAUUGUUCUCCCAAAAUGGUAGGAUAGUCAAGUCAAAAUUGUAAAGAAAAUUUUAGAAUAUGAUAUUUCUUUUUUUUUGUGUGUGUGUAUUUUUGAGAAUACUUAUUUAGUAUAUUAUAAAUAGUAGUAGUUUUUGACUUCACUGUCUCAUUACCUUUGGAAGACAAUGUACUCUAUAUGAGUCAAAUCUUGCAUUUGUGAAGAUAACCCUGCAAAACAAGCUGAAUUUAAUCAUACAUGGUUAGAUGAAUGUAGUCGCAGGACUGGGCCUAGGCUUUAUUUCGUCAGUCUUAUUAUUAUUGUACCAAACAAACCGGUACUGUUAAAGACCAAAGAACUCCCAGUGCAUCUAAUCAGGUGCAGGCUGUAAAAUAUUAGAUGUUUGAUAAAAAAAAAAAAAAAAAGGUAUGAUUACAUUUUACUAUUGAUACUAUGUUGAUUAUACUUUUAUCUUCACUGUAAAAUUUGGUGAAGAUAUUGUAAAUUUUGUAUUAUGUUAACAAAUAAAAACUGAAAUUCUGAAAA